CUCUUCCUCACCCAUCCUCACACUCCACGUCGAACCACAUCCAUCUCUUCCAAGGCUUGGGUAGAGUCAUGGCUGCGGCUACUUCACCACCUGCUGCCGGCAAGCAGCUGCCAACAAGCGCCUCCGAAGCGGCAUUGGCAGCGGCCACCUCUGCGACGCACCCCAAUGACCGCUUCGCCGGCGUGUCUCCUCACACUUUGCCGCCCUCCAUCCUGCGCCUCCUCUCCCUGUCCAGCCCCAUCAUCAAUGGUCUCCACGACUUCAUCCAGCUCGCCACAUGGACUGGACCAUCAGGAGGGGGAACGCGCUCCACGCUCAUGCUCUUGGUCUGGACGGCCAUCUGCCUCUUCGCCUACCCGCUCCUUCGGUACGCCCCUCAGCUGAUCUUACUCUCCGUCAUUCUCUGCUCGGCGAUACCCAACAUGCUACUUCCGCCAUCGUCUCGUCGCAAAGCCAAGGCAACAGGGACGAUAGGCUCCGUGCCCACGUUUGCGGUACAGACCCUGACGCAGGCACAGACGCAGAAGCAGCUACAGAAGGUCUCUGACAUUCUCGACGUCUCCUCGACGCUGCACGCCCGACUCGUAUUGCCGACAUGGCAAGCGCUCACCUGGCAACACCCCAGUGGGCCUGGCGUGACCAUUGGUGUCGCUGUGCUCUGCCUUACGCUGGGCUCGCUUUGGACUAUCUGCUUCGCUGAUUGGCCUGCAGCCUGGGGACAGGUGAUUCAGGUCCUCCCUUUGCAACAGACCUAUCGCCUGGGCGGGCGGGGUGCGUUCAUCGCCGCCAACUUUGGCAGAGAUACAUACGUUUCGAAGUUGCAGGCUCGACUUCCUCCGCAGGUCGACCAGGCCCUCCUGAAGACAGUGGGCUUUUUGAGACUCGUCAACUCGCGCGUACUCUCCAGGGUCCUUCCCUCUUCUCUGCGCAUUACGGUCUUUCCGCCUUUCCCGCUCUUCUCUCUGAGGCUUUCUCACGUCGCUCUGACAUUUGGCCUGGUCGCCCUCUCGUGGUGCUCAACGUACGCGACCUUGGUGCGCUACGCCCUCUGGAAGAGUGCCACCGUUCGCUGGACCGUCCGGGCUGUGUUGAGAAUCACCUCUGCAGGCUACCUGGGAGGCCAAGCAGGAUCCGAUCUCUCUAGAUACAACCUUAGCACGGCAGGAGCACCAGGCUCUGGAAGUUUCGCCAACAAAUCUUCCUCCAAGUCCCAAGUUCGCACCAAUACCGUUCACUACCGCUUCGAGAUCUUUGAAAAUCAGCGGUGGUGGGUUGGUUUGGACUGGACGGCCGCGUUGCUACCUCAGGAGCGCGCUUCAUGGACAGACUCCAGCCUUGGCCCGGUCAGUCCACCCGCUAGCUUUACGCUUCCUGCGGAAAGUGUGUCUACGAGGCAGACGGAAGGGGGCAAGUGGGAAAAGCGUACAGUCAAGUGGAGCUGGGACGAAGACGAGUGGCAUGUGGUGGUCGGCGAGGGAGGCAGGAUGGUCCUAGGUGAUGGUACUGGCGAGGCAACCCCUACUGCCUCUGCCGCUGGCUCUCCAAGAGGGCCUUCGGGCGCCCUACCAGCAUCGCCUAGUGGUGCUCCUACGCUCUUCUCUUCCUUCAAAAGAAGGGCUUCUGAAGCCUCUGCAACCUCUUCCGACAAGCCAAGCGAGGACCCCCACCUCACCUCUCCCCCAUCUCCGUUCAACGAGCAGCGUCGUCUCUCGUCUUUCGAAGAGGGCGAGGUGGAGGAAGAAACAGACAGCAGCGGUUGGCGGUACGGCGACAACUCCUGGGAGAAGAUGGGCUCAAAGAGUGGCAUGGGCAAGUACACGCGAAGGAGGAGAUGGGUGCGCAGGGCUCUCAUGGAGGAGAAGGUAGAGAUCGUCGAUGCUCCGCCUGCCGCCCCUGCUGCUAACAGCAGCGCCAGUGCCACGAGCGGUACCGCUGGAGAAACGAGCACGAAGCUGGGCAAUGCAGAGCCUAAGCUCGGAGACGAGAGUGUCGAGUCCCUCGCAAAGAAUACGAAUACCUCCGAAAAGGGUCUCGGGCUAGCCAUCGGCACUCCUCCUUCCCCCUCACCCUCUCCAGACUCAAGAUCGCGCUCGACGUCGACAGCGACGCUCAACCCCUCUACAUCUGCCACUAUCUCUCAAUCCAGCGAUGCUCGCAGCCCUUCUCCAACUUCUCGCGCUGCGGGUACAGGGCCAUCGAUGAGCACCAUUGGAGUGGGACUUGGAAGCCCAAAAGUCGAUUUUAAGACUAGAUUGAAUAAUGCUGGCAAGGGAGGGACUGGUAGUGGACACUGAAGCCGAGGAGAGGAUAGGGGGAGAGAAAGAGAUAAGAUGGCUAGGUUGUCAUUGUCAUGGCAGGGGCAUCUGGACUUGAUGGGGCGCUUCUCGUGUAAACCCCGAGUUAAUCAUUCACCCUCAGCUGGGGGAGCGAGCGAGCGACUCAUCUCACCCAAUACAAAACAACACACUGCACACUCUUGUCUGAGAC